UAAAAACACCAUGACAUUCUUGUCUCACAUUAUUUUUGCAAUCACAUUUAUCGCUCUAACUGCUGCAACUAAACUAACUAUUUACCCUCAACAAGUGGUCAAAGACCAACCAGUGACUUUCGUCUGUGAACCAGAGCCUCCAUCCAGUGACGUAACCUACAAAUGGCUACAUAAUGGUAACAGAAUAGGAAAUUUAGUUUCCUCGAACUGGACCAUAAAACGUGCUUCUUUAAGCACACGCAGCAAUUUUUCCUGCAUCGUCCAAACCAAAACUGGUUCAAUUUCUCGAGCUGAUAUUUUUGUCGACGUUACAGCACCUCCAAGAUUUAUAAAAGAUCUAUUGACUUACUAUGGCUAUUCUCAUACAAGCACAAACGUUUCUCUAACAUGUAUAAUAGAAUGCUAUCCACUGUGUAACGUACUGUGGUAUAAAGAUGACCAGAAAAUAGACACCGAUAAUCCUCUGUAUUACAUAAAAAACGAACAAAUUCCAGUCGAUGACCCAAGCGACGAGUUUGAAUCAGUCGAGUCCACUUUAGUCUGGAAUUUGAAAAACUGGCCCAAUCAACGUUUAAUUAAAAACGAUGGCCAAUCAAAGUAUACUUGUAAAAGCGGUGAUGGUUUUCUUGAUGUUGAAUCGACUGCUUAUGUUGCAGUUGAAUAUCCACCAGAAAAUAUUACCUUGUCUACAAAGGCCGUUGUAAAUGUUAUAGAAAAUGGAACUGCAGAUCCUGUGACUUGUACGGCAAACGGAAAUCCAAAAGUUGAAUAUGUUUGGAAAUAUACUCCUACAGGGGUUGUACAAGAAAGGGGCAAUACUCUUCGUUUAGGUAAAAUUACAAGAGACCAAGAACAUAGUUAUACUUGUGAAGCUUCUAAUAGACAAGGCACUAUAACUACUGAGUUACAUUUCAAUGUUUUGUAUAAGCCAAUUGUGAGAGUAUUUUCCAACAAAACUACUUUUGUUGAGGGGAGCAGCGAAACUGCUUUUAUUUUUUGCAAAUAUUACGCUGAACCUGCAAGGCCUGUCACUGUUAGCUGGCUCAAGAAUGGAGCUGUUUUAAGAAGAAUCGAAGGAAAACAUAUAUUCGAAACUCUGGGGACCGUGUCCUUGAUAAUUAGGGACGUCGGAAAUAGGGAUGCUGGAGAUUACCGUUGUGUGUUGAGUAAUUCAGUGGGAAAAAGUACAUCGCGAAGUAUAUCGUUGGCCGUUGUUGGUUCGUCUUAUCGACCAGGACGAUAUCGGCUUUCGCCUCGGGGUGGUACCACUCGCAACCCCAAAAAGGAGAGACAAGUUUUUUAG